UUGUUUCGUUGUGAUAUCAUGCCUGAACCAGCGAAGUCCGCCCCGAAGAAGGGAUCUAAAAAGGCCGUCACGAAGGCCGCCGGUAAGGGAGGAAAGAAGCGCAGGAAGUCUAGGAAGGAGAGUUACGCUAUCUACGUGUACAAAGUCUUGAAGCAGGUUCAUCCUGACACCGGGAUCUCCUCCAAGGCGAUGGGCAUCAUGAACUCCUUCGUCAACGACAUCUUCGAGCGCAUCGCCGGUGAGUCGUCUCGUCUCGCUCACUACAACAAGCGCUCCACCAUCACAUCGAGAGAGAUCCAGACCGCCGUGCGUCUGCUGCUGCCCGGUGAACUGGCCAAACACGCCGUGUCUGAGGGGACAAAGGCUGUCACCAAGUACACCAGCUCCAAGUAA